GAGGGCAUGGCGAUGGCUUCGUUUGGUUUGUGCUCGUAUCCGCGCUCUCUACCUUUGGGUUGAUUGUUCACGCAAGGUGUCUGUUUACAUUAAAACCUCAGGUCAUUUUAAGGCGAUUGUUGUAGUGGAGCCAGAGUCCGCUUUUCCCAGUUUUGAUUGUAGGACAGUGUCCAGUUUAAUCUUCCCUCACCUUGUAGUUUAUUUCACUGACAUGGAUGCCUCUAGAAUGGGCGGCUCACAAAUGGCCCAUUAGACCUAACUGGUAUAAAUAUAAACUACUAAAAACAGAAAAAGCUGGAAUUAUUCAGCAAGGCUGGCCGCUUUUUUAGCAAAUGAAGUGGAGUUGACAGUGUUUCCGAUCUAUGAUUAUUCAGAACUGAGUCGUUGACGUGAAAUAUUAAUUCCGUUUCACUCUCCAGUGCCACACAGUUGAGUAUUUCAAGCUGUUUUUGUUUUCAUUUCAGAUUUUCAGUGUGUGCAUUACUUUUAUUCAUAAUAUUUUAUGAAUGAAUGCAAGUUGUUAUAACGAAAAGGAGAAACCAGACUUAAACACAUCUGUUCCAAAAAACCAUUAUUUUGAUAUUCAGCACAAUACACAUGAACAAUUAAUCAUAAUUACUUUAAAAAAUGUUGAUAAGUCAUACUUCUGAAGAUGGGAUGAAAUAUCAAGUUGUAUUUGUUGAAUUGCUUUGUAUGGGAGCAUCUUGGAGAAUAUAAGUAUCUUUUGGUAGUGUUAAGAUAGUGAGGAACUACUUGCCAAUUGUAGCAAAUUUAAAACUUUUGGCAAUGUUCUUCAGAAGGUAUUUUGCAUAAUAUACAAGAGCAUGAAGAUUUGUAUUUUGUUUUUUUUCCCUCCCAUCAGAGAAUUUAUCAUAUAAUUGGAAAAUGGAAAGUGAGUGUGUGGAGUUGUUGCCCCGUGUUUUCUCAGUUUUAGGAGAUGCCGGGCAAACGGUUGUUGAUGAUACCUGUUUGGAGAAGCUGCUUGAUUGCUUCCGAGGAACAACAGAAAAUGAAACAGAACUCCAUAUUCUACAGAGAAUCCCGUGUCUGACAAACAUAAUUGUAAAUGUAUCCAAACAGAAGGAUAUUCACCCUAACAUCCUCUCCUUCAUUAUGAAGCUGACUGGACUAUUUGCUGCAUCAGAAAACUAUUUUAUUCAGUUAGAGGAUAAUGGAAUUAUGCGCCAUCUAUUUGGGAAUCCAAAAAAGCUUGGAACAGGAGCAUGGGAGGAAGCAACUGUACGAUGUGGAUGGCUGUUAGGGAUCCAAAAUAUGCUGCAGCAUGAAGCUGUAAUUGAAUUUCUCUAUAAAUAUGAUUGUAUUGAUGAAAUUAUACGGCUUCAGGAGGACCCGAGUAUAUUUGUGGCCUCAACUGCUAGUCAACUUUUAGCAGACAUUUUGUCUUUCUCCUUACAACAUUCCAAGCAUGCUGCUCUGGGAAGUAGCAGCACAAUCCAGUUAUCUAACAAAGUUACAGUUUUGCAUUCUACUAAUUGGCCAGAUUAUAUCUCUCCAAUUACUGGUCACAUUGAAGAUUUCCUGAAGUCUGAUAUCACUUCCAAUGUCCAACAGGCUCUGAAACUACUAUCCAAGGUCUCUGGAACCAGGCAUCCUGUUGCCGUAAUAUUGCUAUGGCCUAAGAUAGAAGAAAGUGUAGAGUUACUUUUAAAGGGUGAUCUGACUGGAAUUGGUCAACCCUUAGCAGAGCUUUUCUUGAAUGUAUCCAGAUCAGUUCCUAGUGAAGUACUGGAGCUGAAGUUCUGGCCAUUGCUAGGUCUCUUAUUGAGAUCUAUGAAUCAAAUUGAAGCAUUGACAUUGGCUUCUGGGAUUCUAAAGCUAAAAAAUUGCCCACAGUCACUGAGAAUGCAGGCUGUGACAACACUAUUCCAACCAUUGAAUUUCAUCAUUGCUGUGACUUCAAUCCAAACCCCAGAAGAUACAGUCUUGCUGGAUGUAUCUUCAGACUAUAGAGUCGAUAUUGAAAACUGCCUAUCCAGAAAAUCAACAUGUAUCAACUUGCUCUGUCAAAUACUUUCAUAUCUCUGGGAACUGUUACAAAUGUCCCUGCAGACCACAGAAUUGCCAUUCAAAGCUUUAAUGAAGUCAGUGGUUACAGUACUGCGGCUGUGCAUUGGUGCUGCUAUUCCCAUCACUUCAACUGUUGUCAAUAUUAGUAGACACCUGAUCGGAUGCAUCAAAGUUCAGAGAGGAGGAAUAGAUGUAUUAGGUGCAUUACCUCAGUGGGCAGCAGGGAUUGAGGAAGUAGACUGUGCAUUGACCCUUCUCCAUGAUUAUGUCAGCAACCCAGAUACUGACUGUACUGUUUUGAAGAAGUCCCUCCAGGCUUUAUUUCGCUGGAUGUCACAUUGCAUUGAACCUGUAAACUCUCAUGUGCUUGAGCCCAAGUUGAAAGAGUUUUUACAUGGAGACUUUAUGUCAGUAAUGAAGAAGCGGCUGUUUGAUGUUCAUUGGGAAAUUCGAGACUCCACACUUGAGUUCCUUGGCCAAGUGUGCUUCCAGUUUAAAGGAGUUGAGAGUUUCUGUCAGCUACUUGGUUCCUGUGGAAUUCCUCACCUUGUUUUGGAGCUGCUUUCAGAUCCUGAAAGUUAUGUUCGAGCAAGUGCCAUUACUGCUCUGGGGAAGAUGAACUAUCUCUCUCCUAAAUGGCAAAUGUUACCAAAUGAGAACAGUGUCACAGCGGUGAAGGUCAAUAUUCUCUCCUAUUUAUUGCAUAUUUUGAACCAGGAUACUGAAGGCUUUCCCAGGAGGGCUGCAAUUAAAGUGCUUGCUGAUUGGCUGAAAAACAGCCACAUCCUGAGUUCCGGUGAAUUGGAGAAUUUUAUUCCUAUUAUUUUGAAAAUAGGAAGCAAUGAUUUGGAUUGGGAAGUCAAAGUCCAUACCCUGGAAUUGGCAGAAGCUUUCAUUGACCGUUCAGUUUCCAACUUAUCCAUUAGCCCAUGUGCAGUUUUGAUGUCAAAUAGCACCGGUUCUACACAAGUGAAUGUCUUUCUGCAGACCCUCUGUGAGGGACAUCAGCGAUCUCUGGUUCAUGCUCAGUUACAUUGGCAAGGAGCAAGAAACUUGUCAGCCCAGGUGUUCGGAAACAAAAGGAUACAGUCCUUGCCAGCAAAGGCAACAAAAGGAAAGGUCACAAGUGAUUGCAGCUGUGACGUACUCCCUGAUUAGUAAUACAACUCCUCCACCUCUUGUACCUUCCUCUCUAUCACAUCUAAAACAACAAAACCCUGGAACAAUGAGCAGCCAGUCUUGUCCCUGUCUCAACCAAAUCUCUGUAACGGCUGCAAUGUCGUAGUCCCAAUUACUGAUCCAGGCUCUAAGCUCAUCUGCCUUACCUCUAAUAGCUGUGCAUUCAUCUGUCCUAUCUUUCUGUUUCUUGCCUUACUAGCAUGUGGCACUGUUAGUAAUCUUUUCAGCCUCUUUCCUAAUUCCCUGUACUCAUUCUGCAGGACCUCACCCCUCUUUCUACUUAUGUUGUACACAAUGUGCACAAUGACCCCUGGCUGCUCACCCUACCCCUUAAGCAUUUCAAGCAGCUGCUCAGAGGCAUCCUUGACCCUGGCACCAGGGAGACAACACAGCAUCCUGGGGUUCUGAACACAGCCACAGAAAUGCAUACCUGUGUUUCUUACUGACGAGUCUCCUACCAUUAUGCACGCUUAAACUUUGCCGGUCCUUGUUCUACAAUAGAGCCAGUUGUGAUGUUGUAAGCCUGGCUGCUGCUGUUAAUCUCCUCUGAGAGGCUAUGCUCCUAACAGUCCAAAAUGUAUACCUGUUGGAGAGGGAAAUAGCCACAAUAAACUCCUGCAUUAUCUGCCUGCCUUUUCUGGCAGUCACCCAUCUACCUGGCUUUAUGGUGUGACCAUCUCCCUGUAACUAGUGUCUAUCACUCUCAUCUGCCCCCAUGUGCUCCUCUGUAUCCAACUGCACAAUGUGAUAUGUGAGGAGCUAGAGCUGAUCGCACUUCCUGUAGGGACAGCAGAAUGCUUCCUAAUCUUCGCAAGAUCAGCACACCACUACCCUAGCUUCCGUCUCUGCUCCUUUACACUAAGAAAGAUAAAAUAUAUCCUACCUUGCCAUUACCUUGUUCGCCUUCCUGAAGCCCAGUAUUCACCUAAGCCUGAACUUUUACAAACCUGCAGCACUUCCACCACACAGCAGCCCCUCUCCAACUAUUUUGUUGGUAAUUUUCAAUUAACUAGUUACUUAAAUUACAAUGCAAUCUUUACAACAAACCAGGUACCUUCUGGGCUACAACAAACAUCCUAAUAGCCUCUCUCUCCCCUUCUCCCUCUUUCCCCUUGCCCUUUUUUUUGUUAGCGGAGGAGGAAAGAAUGGAAACACUACUGUAAUGUAAUGUUUGGGGAUUACCGUUCCUUGACUCAGGUUUCCUCCUCAAACUGCUACCCAGUCAUGGUAACUAAGCGAACCUCAUCCAGAAUGUUCCUCAACAAAGUCUCUCUGCCACCCAUCUCUGGAUACUGUUCUGCUUAUCACCGAGAGGGAUUUUUCUUCACUUGCUGUCCACUCGUGAUGACUAAGCUGCCUUUGCCCAGAAUGCUCCUCAGUAAAGUCUCUCUGCUGAACUCUUUGUAACUAAGAUGGCAAUGUAAGUGGUGACGAAUAAACUUUUCAUAGUAUUCGUUUCAGUACAUAUUAUGUACUGAAUGAUAGAGCUAAACAAUCCCACAACCAACAGUUCAGAUGUAAACUCUGCAAUCCUACCACAUCUAGCUAUGAAUGGUGGUGAACAAUUAAACAGCUCACUGGAGGAGGAGGCUUCAUAAAUAUCUCCAUCCUCAAUAAUGGAAGAGCCACGCAGUGCAAAAGAUAAAGCUGAAGCAUUUGUAGUAAUCCUCAGCCAGAAGUGCUAAUUGGAUGAUCCAUCUCAGCGUCUUCCAGUGAUUCCCAGCAUUACAGAUACCAAUCUUCAGCCAAAUCAAUUCAUUCCAUGUUAUAUCAAAAAAUGGUUGAAGGCACUGGAUACUGCAAAGGCUAUGGGGCCUGAUUACAUUCUAGCAAUAGUACUACAAAUUGCAAACAUCCUGCACCUCUAGUCAAGCUCUUCCAGUACAGUUGCAACACUGGCACCUACCCGACCAUGUGGAAAAUUGUCCAGGUAUGUCUUUUAUGUAAAAAGUAAACCAAAUCCAACCCGACUAAUUACCAUCCUAUAAUCUACUCACAAUCAUCAUUGAAGUGAUGGAAGGUAUCAUUAACAGUGCUAUCAAGCAGCAUUUGCAGAGCAAGAGCUUGCUCAGUGACUCCUGGUUUGGGUUCUGCCAGGGCCACUCAGCUCCUGACAUCAUUACAGACUUAGUUUAAACAUAGAUGAAAGAGCUGAAUUCUAGAGGUUAGGUGAGAGUGACAACCCUUGACAUCAAAGCUACAUUUGACUGAGUCUGGCAUCAAGAAGCCCUAGCUGAAUUCAAUGGGAAUCAGGGCAAACUGCUGUUUGCAAUCAUAACUGACACGUAGGAAGGUGUUCAUGGCUGUUAGAGGUCAGUCAUCUCAGCUCCAGGACAUCUCUGCAGGAGUUCCUGUGGGUAGUGUCCUCAGCCCAACCAUCUUCAGCUGCUUCAUCAAUGACCCUGCUUUUAUCGUAAGAUCAGAAGUCGGGAUGUUCAUUGAAGAUUUUAUACAAUGUUCAGCAGUAUUGAUGACUCCUUAGAUACUGAAACAGCUUAUGUACAAAUGCACCUAGAUCUGGGCAAUAUCCAAGCUUAAGCUGACAAAUAGCAAGUAAUGUUUGUGCCACACAAAUGCCCGGCAAUGACCAUCUCCAAUAAGAGAUAAUCUAACCACUGUCACUUAACAUUCAGUGGUGUUACCAUCACUGAAUCCCCCACUAUCAACAUCCUUAGGGUUACCAUUGACCAGAAAAUCAGCUGGACUCACCACAUAAACACAGUGGCCACAAAAGCAGCUGAGAGGCUAGGAAUAAUGUGGGAAGUAACUCACCUCCUGACUCCCCAUAACUGUCCACCCUCAACAAGACACAAGACAGGAGUGUGAUGGAAUACUCCCCAUUUAUGUGGAUGAGUGCAGCCCCAACAACAUUCAAGAAGCUUGCACCAUCCAGGACAAAGCAGUCUGUUUGAUUGGUACCACAUCCACAAGCAUUGACUCCCCUCACCAUCAAUGCUCAGUAGCAGUAGUGUGUACUAUCUACAAGAUGCAGUGCAGAAAUUCACCAAAAAUCCUUAGACAGCACCUUCCAAACCCACAGCCACUUUUGUCUUGAAGGACAAAGGUACAUGGGAAACAUGGGCAAAUACAUGGGAGCGCCACCACCUACAAGUUACCCUCCAAGCCACUUGCCACCUAACUUGGAAAUACAUUGCUGUUCCUUCAGUAUUGCUGGGUCAAAAUCCUGGAAUUCCUGCCCUAAGGACAUUGUGGGUCAACAAACAGCAGUUCAGGAAGGCAACUCCCACCACCUUCUCAAGAGCAACUGGGUUCAUCCAAUAAAUCCUGGCCAGUCAGUGAUGUUCACAUCUCGUGAAUGAAUAAAAAAAACUUAUCACUCACUGACAUGUUCCAUAUUUCUCACUGCAUCACUUAUUUUCUACAGAAUUUUUACUUUAAUAGUCUAAUAUACUGCCUACUGAGCUGGACACUGAUAUAUCCAAAGUCACACAACAGCAGGGUAUAUAGUCUAACAGGCUUAUUUGAAAGGACAAGCUUUCUCAGAGCUGCUCCUUGAGUGGUUCACCUGAUGAAGGAGCAGUGCACCAAAAGCUUUUGAUUUCAAACAAACCUGUUAGACUAUAACCUAGUGUCAUGUGACUUCUGACCGCCCAGCCCAGUCCAACAUCAGCACCUCCAGAUCAUUGAUAUGUCCCACAUCCCCCACAGUAUCGUUUCUAUCAAAGCCUCUGACAUACCUCAUACUCCAGGACACAUGGUCUCCAUUCUGAAAAGUGUUCCGUACAGAAAGCAAAUUAUGAAAAAUGUGAUGUAACAAUUCACAAUUGAUAAUGACCUCAACUCAUGUCAAUGUGGUAACCUUUUAAAUUGUGAUAGGUUCCGGAAUGCAACCAUCAAGAACUGUGCUUUGUUUAAUGACUUUUGUUUCACUAAUAAUAAAAAGUAACACUCAUA